AGUCAAGGACGCAAUAUAUACAACCUAGGCAGCCGAAUAGGAGAAAUCGGACAAAGGAUAACAUCUUCAAAGCAUUAAUACAGCACCGCCAGGCCCUCAUACCCGGCACCUAUACGAUAAGCUCCCACGGAGCCAGGCUAGCCUCCUUACCCAGCUACGAACCGGCUACUACUAGCUCAACCAAUACCGCACACGAAUAGGUCGGAUCAACAAC